UUGAUCUGAAAAUUUCAAUUGAAAAUUUUUCUUUGUAUCAAAAGUUGUAUUCAAAUUAACUCUUCGUCACAUGCGCCUUAAUUGAUUCAUUCAGACACACACAUUAUACUACAACUUUUAUUUUCUUUGAGCCUCUUGCAGUUAUCUGGAAUUAAAGCCAUUUAAUCCCCCUCCCUCUUUUUUUGUUGAUUUUUCUCGAUUCACCAUAAUUUUUUUUUAUCUUUAUAUUCCCUAAUCCACUCAAUUUGAAUUCAUAGAUAUCUUUUUAUUGCAAUUGGAUACGGCAUCGAAUCAAAGGGUGAUUUUUUUGAAAAAAAUCCAUAAAGGUUUUGGGUUUUUUUCUCGAUUUGUUUGGUUUUGGUUUUGGUUGUGCAACGUUUGGAUUGCUUACAGACUUUCCGACGAAAAUUUUUGCUGAAACUCAGUGAGGAACCAUCUGAGUGGUUAAUUGAGGGGCAUUGGAUUAAUUCUUUACAGUGGACGCGAAGAAUUAGGGUUCUUUUUUGCGAUUGGGUUUAGGUGAAGGAAAAAUUCGAUUGGUGAUGAGGAGAUGAUCGGGAAGCAGCCUAGCAAAAUUGGAAUGCCGAAACUCAAGCGUUGUUCAGCGGAGAAGGAAGAAAUCUCUGGUGGCAACGAUGUCGGGAAUUCACGCAUAGCUGCGGUUGAUUCGAAGAAGAUAUCCAAUCAGAUGUAUACAGUUCCUAUAGUUCAAAUAGAAGGAAAAGACAUUAAUUUGUCGAGUUAUUGCCGUAAGAUUGACAUGUCACUCGUCAACAGUAAAGUGGAUUCAAUUGUGGAAGAGGUUCCUGAGAAUAAGCCCCCAUUGUUGAAGUCAUCGCUUGGUCGUAGGAAGGUGCUCCCGACGAAAUUCAAGGACUCGAUUUUGCAUCCUUGGAAGAAAGAAAAAUUGGAAAGCGGUGAUGAUUUGGAGGGCUGCCUAGCUGAUAACGAUGAAUGUGCUCAGGAUGUGCCGCGAAAGAAGAAAUCCAAGCGAGAAUCCCAUGAUGAUGACAUAUAUUUAGUCAAGAAGAAACCUAGAAUUGAGAGGAAACUUGACUUCAGCUUGAAAAACAUAAUUUUGGAGCCUAAUUAUAGUUCGCCGAGUUCUGUGACUUCAGUUGACGCCGCUGUUUCUUCGGUUUCGGCCGGAGUGGAAAGUGGUGGGAAGAUGAGUGCAUAUGCUGGGACAAGAAAAACUGUGAAGGAGAAAGUGACUGCGAAGAAGGCAGACUUUUAUGAGCCUGCUGAUUUUGUAAUGGGGGAUAUAGUGUGGGCGAAAUGUGGGAAGAAUUUCCCAGCAUGGCCUGCUGUUGUGAUUGAUCCUCUGCUUCAAGCUCCAGAAACCGUAUUAAGAGCCUGUAUUCCUGGCACUCUUUGCGUGAUGUUCUAUGGGUUCUCUAGGACUGGAUUGAGGGAUUAUGCAUGGAUAAAAGCUGGGAUGAUUUUUCCAUUCCAUGAGUACAUGGACAGAUUUCAGGGUCAGACUAAACUGCAUGGUAGCAAGCCUAGUGACUUUCGUAUGGCUGUAGAAGAGGCAGUUAUGGCAGAAAAUGGCUAUGCAGAUUCAGCUAUGGAAGCUAGGCAGGAAAUAUUGCCUGCGGGAAACCACGGUGAGGCUGAAGAGGCAACUGGAUCGAAUCAGGAGUCAGGGUGUUCUAUUCAGCAGGAUAUAGUUGAAAAGAAGAAAGAUACCCGAGUCUGUGGCAGCUGUAGUUUGACGUUUCCGAGCAGAAUGGUGAAGAAAAUAAAGAGUGCAACAGCUAAACCUCAUUUCUUGUGUGAACAUUGUAUUAAGUUACGAAAAUCAAAACAAUACUGUGGUAUUUGCAAGGAAAUUUGGCAUCACUCUGAUGGAGGCAGUUGGGUAUGUUGUGACAGCUGCAAUGUUUGGGUCCAUGCUGAUUGUGCCAAAAUUUCUGCUGAACUUAUGAAGGAUAUAAAUGCUUUGGAUUACUUCUGCCCUGAAUGCGAAGGAAAGCCAGCAUCUAAAUUGUUCGAGUUAGAAAUACAGAGCUGUCCAACCAGCCCUGCUAAAAGCAUUGGGAGCAAAACACCGCCUGAAAAGCUAAUGGUUGUUUGCAAUGGUGUGGAUGGGACUUACUAUCCAAGUCUCCAUUUGGUGCAGUGCAUUUGUGGUUCAUGUGGUACCAAGAAGUAUGGGCUCAGUGAGUGGGAACGACACACUGGAUGUAGAGCAAAGAAAUGGAAGCACAGUGUGAAAGUCAAGGGCACCAAGAUACCCCUAGAAAAAUGGAUGACAGAGAACAAUGUCCUCGUCUGCAACCCUACACGGUUGGAUAAGCAACAGCUGUGUGCUUUUCUGAAAGAAAACUAUCAACCUGUUCAUGCAAAGUGGACCACUGAACGCUGUGCUAUUUGUAGAUGGGUUGAAGAUUGGGAUUACAACAAAAUUAUUAUAUGCAACAGAUGUCAAAUUGCAGUACAUCAAGAAUGCUAUGGAACAGGCAACUCUCAGGAUUUUGCUUCCUGGGUUUGCCGAGCUUGUGAAACCCCAGAAGUAGAGAGAGAAUGUUGCCUCUGUCCUGUAAAAGGGGGUGCUUUAAAGCCUACUGAUGUGCAAAAUUUAUGGGUCCAUGUUACAUGUGCAUGGUUCCGGCCAGAAGUUGCUUUCUUAAAUGCAGAGAAAAUGGAGCCUGCGGUUGGGGUUUUUAGAAUCCCGCCAAGUGCAUUCACUAAGGUUUGUGUUAUUUGCAAGCAGAUUCACGGUUCUUGCACGCAGUGUUGUAAGUGUGCAACCUAUUUUCAUGCUACUUGUGCUUCUCGAGCUGGAUAUUGCAUGGAGUUGCAUUGCUCUGAGAAGAAUGGGGCGCAGAUAACCAAAUGGCUAUCGUAUUGUGCAGUUCACAGGGUGCCUAGUACAGAGAAUGUUUUAGUGAUUCAGACUCCGGAUGGUAUUUUCUCUAACAGAGGUGUUCUACAGAGCCAGUAUCAAGAACAAUGCUCGAGAGGUGUGAGACUCAUUUCGUCUAGGACGUCUGAAUGCUCUGGAUCAUCUCAUGCUGAUGCAGAUGGAUUUGAUGCAAUGUCUGCUGCACGCUGUCGCAUUUAUAAGCGCUCAAGCGUUAAGAAGACAGGAAUAGAGCCAACAUCUCACCGCUUGAUGGGGCCUAGUCGUCACUCUCUACUUGACAUAGAGCGUUUGAAUUCACUUCAUGAAGAUUCCGAUGAUGCGAAAUCUUUUCCAACACUCAGGGAACGGUUAGAUCAUCUGAGGAAAACAGAAAAAUAUAGGGUUUGUUUUGGCAAAUCAGGAAUACAUGGAUGGGGCCUAUUUGCUAGACGAAGCAUGCAAGAAGGAGAAAUGGUUGCUGAAUAUCGUGGUGAGCAGGUCAGGCGCAGUGUUGCUGACCUAAGAGAGGCACGGUAUCGAUUGGAGGGCAAAGAUUGCUAUCUUUUUAAGAUCAGUGAGGAAGUUGUGAUUGAUGCCACUAAUAUGGGGAAUAUAGCUCGCCUGAUUAAUCAUUCGUGCAUGCCCAACUGCUAUGCGAGGAUCAUGAGUGUGGGUGAAGAAGAGAGCCGUAUAGUACUUAUCGCUAGAUCCAAUGUUUCAGCUGGUGCUGAACUAACGUAUGAUUAUUUGUUCGACCCAGACGAGCGUGAGGAGGUUAAAGUUCCUUGCUUGUGUGCUGCUCCUAACUGCCGCAGAUUCUUGAAUUGAAUUUGAAGACCCUUUUUUUGUAUAGCAUUGGCCCUUUAAUGAGGAAAAGUUUUUGUCAUAGCAUUAUUUGUAAUUUCUAAUCAAAUAAUGUUUACCCAAUAGUUAUUCAAAUUCUCAGUUUUUUGUUGAUAAACAAAAUCAGUUGACAUAUCUCUACCAUACUCUAUUUUGAUUAUGUCAAUACAUAAACACCAAAAAGUUCAAGUU